AUGGAUUUGAAAUCAAAGGUAUAUGUUACACUAGGUCUAACAUCACCAAUAUUUUUAUAUUUUGGAGGUAGACUCUCUAUCCUGGUUGUUCUAUGGACCUCUGUAAUUUUAUUUGGAAAGGAGAUAUUCGGGAAGGAUAACGAGGCCACUGGGGAACCACACAAAUGUAAAUGUUCAGGUAAGAACGCUAAUGGUGAAACACAUGAACAUAAUCAUGAGAAAGAAGACUGUUGUGGUGGAAAAGGUACUGGAGUGAAUGGUAAACCAUGUUGUGGUAAAGGUGGUAAGAGUACUACUACUUCCCAACUUCCUACAUUUAAGAAAGAGCUAUUAAAAUCUCAAGAUGAACAGAAAGCAAAGAUUAAAUGUUGUGGCGGUAAAGGACAUGAUGUAAAGAAACAUGGUGAAGUCUGCUGUGGUGGUAAAGGACAUGCUGAAGAAAAGAAAAUUGAACCUCUAGAAGAAAAGAAAUCAAAGACUAAAUGUUGUGGCGGUAAGGGGCAUGAUGUUGAAAAACAUGGUAAAGUCUGUUGUGGUGGUAAAGGACAUGGUAAUGAAAAAGAAGAAGUUGUACCAAUUCCGGAACCUGUUACCGAGAAACAAGAAACUAAAUGUUGUGGUGGUAAAGGUCAUGAUGUAAAGAAAAAUGGUAAGGUUUGUUGUGGUGGUAAAGGUCAUCGUAAUGAAAAGAAAACUGAUCCAAUAGAAGAAAAAAAUACAAACAAUUGGGAUUCGUUAACUGUUGAUUUCACUGAAGCAUUUAAAUCUACUACUGGUAAGACCACUAAAAAAUCAGUAAAAGUAUUCACUAAAAAAGGUAUGACUGAAGUCAAAGCUACGCAGAGUGAAGAAAGUUCCGAUGGUUUAAUUAAGAGUGCAUUUACUGUGUCGAAUGUUGAAUUACUAGAUUCAGAUAUUUAUGUAUUCUAUAGUUCUCUGCAAGGUUCUUCUUCGAAAGCUGGUUCUAUUGUUCAAGAGAAAUUAAAAGAAAUAUCUGGUCUUCAAAAGCAACCGAUUUUGUUAAAUUUGGAUGAAAUUGAUGAUCUUGACGAAUAUUUUGUUAAUGUUCCAAGUGAAAAGGCUAUAUAUGUCCUUGUUGUUCCAUCUUAUGAUGUCGAUUGUCCAUUAGAUUAUUUCAUUCAAACUUUAGAAGAAAACUUCAAUGAUCACAGGUUGGAUAAAUUUCCAUUAAGAAAAUUAGUUGGUUAUACUGUUUUGGGUCUUGGUGAUUCUGAAUCAUGGCCUGAUAAAUUUUGUUAUCAAGCCACCAAAGUCGAUUAUUGGAUUUCUCACUUAGGUGGUAGAAGAAUCUUCCCUGUUGGUAAAGUAUGCAUGAAAUAUGAUGGUAAUGAUAAGGUUAUUGAAUGGGCAACUUUAUUAGGUGAUUUAUUAAAGGAUAAUGAACCAAUCUUGUACGAGUACGACGAAACUGUAGAUAAUUCAGAUGAUGACUAUGAUGAUGACAAUGGAGACUCUGAUGGUUCCAAUGGUAAUGAUGAUGGUUCGGAAAAAGAUAUUGACCUUGAAGAUGUUGGUGGUAAAGACGAUAAUAGAAUAAAUGAAAAUUAUUUAGAGAUUAAACAGAUGAUUGCUAAGGAUAGUCCUACAUAUAAGAAUUUGACUAAACAAGGUUACAAGAUUGUUGGUUCUCAUUCUGGUGUGAAAAUAUGUAGAUGGACUAAAAAUGAAUUACGUGGUAAAGGUUCUUGUUACAAAAAGUCUCUAUUUAAUAUUGCUUCUAGCAGAUGUAUGGAAUUAACUCCAUCUUUAGCAUGUUCCUCUAAAUGUGUCUUUUGUUGGAGACAUGGUACAAAUCCAGUGUCUAAGAAUUGGAGAUGGGAAACCGAUGAACCUGAAUUUAUUCUUGAAAAUGCUUUAGCGGCUCAUUAUUCCAUGAUUAAACAAAUGAGAGGUGUUCCUGGUGUUAUUGCUGAAAGAUUCAUCAAUGCCUUCAAAGUAGCACAUUGUGCAUUAUCGUUAGUUGGUGAACCUAUCCUUUAUCCAUAUAUUACUAAAUUUAUUGAAUUAUUACAUGAAAGGGAAAUCACGAGUUUCUUGGUAUGUAAUGCUCAACAUCCAGAAUCCCUAAGAACAAUUGGUAAAGUUACCCAGUUAUAUGUAUCUAUCGAUGCAUCUACUAAAGAAGAAUUGAAAAAAGUGGAUCGUCCAUUAUACAAGGAUUUCUGGGAAAGAAUGAUGGAAUGUUUGGAUAUUUUACGUACUGUCCAAUCUCAUCAACGUACUGUAUUUAGAUUAACUUUAGUGAAGGGUUUCAAUAUGGGAGAAAUUUCGUCAUAUGCAGAUUUAGUACAACGUGGUCAACCAUGUUUCAUUGAAGUGAAAGGUGCAACGUUCAGUGGAUCUUCAAAGGAUAAUGUGAACUCUUUAACAAUGCAAAAUAUUCCAUAUAUUGAAGAAUGUAAAGCAUUUGUUGAAAGAUUUGUUGGUGAAUUACAAAGACGUGGUUUAGAUUAUGAAAUUUCUGCAGAACAUGCACAUUCAAAUUGUGUAUUAAUUGCACAUCGUAAAUUUAAAAUUAAUAAUAAAUGGCACACACAUAUUGAUUUUGAAAAGUUUUUCAAAUUAUUAGCAAAGGGUGAACCAUUUACAUACAUGGAUUAUUUAAAGGAGACGCCUGAAUGGGCAUUAUAUGGUAAUGGUGGCUUUGCACCAGGGAACGUUAGAGUACACAGAAAUGAAAAGAAGAAGAAGAACGAUAAUGGUGACAAUAGAGUUAAUCCUGAAGAUCUACCUGCAUUACCUGUAAUGUAA